AUGGCAUCUCUGAAGGAGGGCACGGUCUACAGCCCCGACCAGAAAGACAUUAGCGAGCUGGAGAAGGUUGGCGAGAGUUACGCUGUGGAGAACCCCGGCGAGGUGUUUGACCAGAGCGAAUACCGCGCCCUGGGAUGGAUUCCUGCUGCUGUUAUACUCCUGAAGUUGUGCUUCGCCACGGGCGUCCUGGCGAUUCCUGCAACGUUCAGCGUCCUCGGCUAUGUUCCGGGUCUGAUCGUACUCCUCGGCUUCGGGGCUCUGACGACAUACUAUGCUUAUAUCAUGUACGUCUUCCGGAUGCGAUAUGCCGGCAUCCAUAACAUUGCGGACGCAGCCGGCAUGGUGGGCGGCCCCGUCUUGCGCGAGGUGGCUGGCGCUCUGUUCAUUGUAGCCUGGACGUUGGCAUCGGGGGCAGGUUUCAUUGGCCUCGCGCAGGGGUUUAAGGCCCUCUCCGGUCACAACGUCUGUAACACCGUGUGGACACUGGUUGCCGCCGUUUGCACUGCUCUUCUGGCCAGCAUCCAGACCCUGGGAAGGCUCACCAUCUUUACCUGGAUCGGCUUUGCCUCUCUUUUCACCGCCGUCUUCAUCAUCGUUAUCGGAGUAACGCAAGUCGAUCGACCUGCUGCGGCUCCGCAGGCGGGACCCUUUGACAUUGAUGUGGUCACUUUCGGUGCCCCAGCGAUUGCGCCCGGGCUCACCGCUGCGGUCAAUAUUUUCGGUCAGUCGCCUCCCUCCGUACGGGUUCGUAUACACGGCAUGCUCACGACUCACUCAGCGGCCUUCUCGUCCACACCAACAUUUAUGCCCGUCAUUGCGGAGAUGAAAGCGCCUAGAGACUUUAGGAAGUCUCUUUUCUCUUCUCAGAUUGUGCUCAUCAUCUGCUAUGUCACGAUGUCACUUGUCGUCUACCUCUAUUGCGGCAAAUAUGUGGCAAGCCCUGCCCUGGGCAGUGCAGGAGGCCUUCUCAUGAAGAUUGCCUAUGGCAUUUCCAUCCCGGGCUUCAUCAUGACGUGCACGCUCUGGGUCCACCUCGCAGCCAAGACCUUAUUCGUCCGUAUUCUUCGCCAUUCGGAGCAUCUGCAGAAUCACAGUUUCAUCCACUGGGCUGUAUGGCUGGGUUCCACGAUCGGCAUCAGCUCACUCGCGUUCCUCUGCGCCGGGGCUGUUCCCUUCUUCAGCUACCUGAUCGGACUGAAUGGCGCCCUUUGCUUGGCGCCAACUUGUUUGGUCAUCCCGGCCUGGAUGGGGCUCUACAUGGACUGGGAGCUCCGACGCACGAGCUGGACGAAGACGGGGAUUUGCUAUCUCCACAUCUUCACGGUCAUCAUCGGGCUGUUCAUGACGGUCGGCGGCACGACGACCACGAUACAGAGCAUCGUUGACGCCUACAAGGCCGGCAGUUUUGGGACACCCUUUAGCUGCACAUGA